AAUGUAUAUAAUGUACUUCCAAUUUAAAGUAUUGAAAUUGUAAUAAUUACUAUACUUACCUUUAUAUUUACUUUUAGUGGGUAUCACUAUUUUUGUAUGUAACAAUUUACAACGAUCAAUAUCACAUAACGAACAAUUGUUUAUUACGUUUGUUUGAGUGUGUAAAAAAAAUGGAAGAUUUCAAUAUGAAAUAUGAGGUCCCUGGUGGUAUUACCUCAAUCAUGCCAAGCAUUCCUGCAGACUUGUUAAGCUAUAUAAAUUGUAUAGAAAAUAUGCCAGUAUAUAAAGGUGAAUCUGUAUUGCCGACUAGAGAUAUUAAUUUGAUGUCAUUACUCUCUGAUACUAAUAUAAACAUACUGCCAACUGAGUUGAUUCCUAAAAGAAAUCCUAGAACGGGUAAAAUUAUAUGUUAUGAAGAAGUUAUAAAUGAAACAAUUACUCAACCUGAUGAUCCAUCACCUUGUUCAAAAUCAAUAAAUAAUCAUAGUAUAAUCACCCGAUUUAAAGACAAUACAUUUGAAUUUGAUCCUAAUAAUUUACCAACAGCCCCCGGAUUGUCUAACAAAUUACAAAUAAAUCCAAAUAAUGACUAUUCAACUUCAAACAUAUUUCCUACUAAUACACCAUUAGAAGAUGAAUGGGCUGAAGAUAUAGGAGGCUUUUGGGAUGAUGAAGUGCCAGAAAUCGUUGAACUACCUAAAACUAAUCCAGAACCAGUUUCAAUAGAAGAAAUUAAGCAUAUUAAAAAAGAAGAAAACUUUGUACUUAAAAUAUCGGGUAAUAUAGAAAGAGCUCUUGUAAAAUCUAAAUGGGUCGAAGAAUUAGAUAUUUCCAAACCUAUUGAUAACUUUGAUGAGUUAUUACCUGAUCCAGCUUAUAAAUGGGAAUUUGAAUUAGAUACAUUUCAGAAACAAGCAGUACUUAAAUUAGAAGAAAAGUGUAGUGUAUUUGUAGCAGCUCAUACUUCAGCGGGUAAAACUGUAAUUGCUGAAUAUGCUAUAGCACUUGCUAAAAAACACCAAUUAAGAUGCAUAUAUACAUCUCCAAUUAAAGCUUUGUCAAAUCAAAAAUUUCGAGAUUUUAAAAAAAAAUUUGGAGAUGUAGGCCUUAUUACCGGAGACUUUCAAGUAAAACCAGAAGCUCAAUGUCUUAUUGUUACUACUGAAAUACUAUGUUCAAUGCUGUACAGUAAUUCAGAUAAAAUUAAAGAAACUGAAUUUGUUAUUCUUGAUGAAGUUCAUUAUGUAAAUGAUAGAGAUAGAGGUCACAUUUGGGAACAAAUUUUAAUUAUGCUUCCUAAACGUAUUAAAUUAGUUAUGUUGAGUGCUACUGUCACAAAUGUUAUUGAUUUUGCAAACUGGAUUGGUCGUACUCGUAAUUCUAAAAUUUAUGUAGUUUUUACACUUUAUAGACCAGUUCCUCUUGAACAUUAUAUUUAUGUUGGUUCAAACACAUCUUUAGAAGUGAAAGAUAAUAUGCAUCUAAUUAGAAAAGCAGAUAGUGGAUUUCUUAUGCAAGGAUAUCGAAAAGCAUCAGAUUCAUUUAAAAAAAAUCAAGAAAUAAAGAAAACUCAAGAUUUCAAAAAAGACCAGAAAUCAAAAUGGAUCGGUUUUCUAAGAUUUCUUGAUAAAAAUAGUUUAUUUCCAGCAGUUGUCUUUAUUUUAUCUAGAAAGAAAUGUGAUUUAAUGGCUGAAACUUUGAAGAAUUCAGUUAAUUUUUUACUAAAUAACAAAGAAUCACAAGCUAAUGAAUAUUUUUUUAACCAUGCUAUAAAAAAGUUAAAACCUGAAGAUAGAGCAUUACCUCAAGUGGUUUUGAUGAAAGAAUUAUUGUGUCAAGGUAUUGCCGUUCACCACAGUGGUAUUUUACCAAUAUUAAAAGAAAUUGUAGAAAUGCAAUUUCAAAAGAGUUUAGUUAAAUGUCUAUUUGCUACAGAAACAUUUGCUAUAGGUAUUAAUAUGCCAGCCCGAACAGUGGUAUUUGAUGCUAUUAACAAAUUUGAUGGAGUAGAAAAACGAAAUUUAGCACCAGCUGAGUACACUCAAAUGGCAGGACGUGCAGGUCGUCGUGGUCAUGACCCAAGUGGAACAGUUAUAAUCAUGGCCAAUAACCAAUUACCCAAUGAUAGAGAAUUAACAAAUAUGAUGCUUGGAAAAUCAGCUAAAUUGGAAUCCCAGUUCAAAGUCAGUUAUUCUAUUAUAUUGAAUAUGUUUAAAAAAAAUAAUUCUGAAACCCUAGAAGAAAUUUUAGGGAGUAGUUUUAUUGAAGCUGCUAGAGCUAAAAAGAAAGAUGAAUACGUUGAAGAAUUAAAUUCUUUAAAAUUAUUAGAUGAAAAAGAUAAUUGGCAACCAACUGGACAGCAAGAAUUAAUAGUUAAAGAAUUUUACCUUGCUGCUAAAGAAUAUCUAGACUGCAGAAAUGAAGAUUGGGAUAAACUUUAUAAUGCAAGUGAUAAAAGUUUCAGUGAAACCGGUCGAUUUGUCAUUAUUACUCAUCAACAUUAUGUUAAUAGAUUAGCAAUUAUAUUAUCUAGUAAUGCAAAGAAAGUUCCAAAAGAAUUUAGAGUACUGGUAUUAGACAAUGAACAUGUAAAAAGUGAAUUAUCAGACAAAAAAAAAGAUUCUUGGUAUAAAUUUAUUUAUUUAUCUCAAAAAAGAAGAUUAAUGGAUAAAUCAUUAGAUGUUAUUUCCAAUAAUGCACAUACUAUUUUAACAAUACCAUCAAAUUCAAUUAUGGCAAUCACUAGAUUUUCUGGUAAUUUUGAUAUUGAUUCAAUUAUUAAAAAUUGGGAAAUGAGACAAAAUGAACGCUUUAAGGAUGCACCUAUUUCAGCUCACUGCCAACGAGCUAUAACAAUGCUAUCAGAAAAAACAUUAUUAUUAAAUCGAUCAGAAGUGAAUGAACCAGUAUUGAGUUUGUUAGAGUUACGAAUUGAUCAUUUUGAAUUACACAGAAUUAUGUUACACAUGCAUUCAUUGGAAAAUCAAGUAUAUAAUAUAGAUUUAUCGGACAUAAUUGCUUUUGAAGAAGUUUUUUCAACAUUAUAUGAACAUCAAACAAGAAAAGAAAGAAUUACAGAAUUAGAACAUCAAAUUUCAAAUAAAGCGUUACAAUUGUAUAAUGAAUACAUCAAUAAAGUAGAAGUUCUCAAAGAAUUAAAAUAUAUAAACCCAAGAAAUGAAAUAACUACCCAAAAAGGAAAUGUAGCUGCUACUAUGGGAUCACAUGAGCUAUUAAUCACUGAAUUAUUAUUGUGUAAUAUGUUUGAAGAAUUAAAACCAGAAGAAAUUGCUGCCGUUCUUUCAUGUUUAGUAUGUGAAUCAAAGUCUGAUUUUAAUUGGGAAUGUAUUAAGGAAGAAAAUUUGUUGAAAGGUAUUCACAUAAUUAAACAAAAACAUGAUUACAUUCAACAUGUUGAAUCCAACUAUUUAAGCAAUUAUGAACGUAUCGAUCUCAACUUCAACUUAGUUAAAGUACUUUAUCUAUGGGCUCAAGAGAAGCCGUUUUCUGAAAUAAUGGAAGUAACCGACAUUCAAGAAGGAAUUAUAGUCCGAUGCAUAGUUCAGUUAAAUGAAAUUUUGACUGUCAUUAAAAAUGCUGCCAAAACGAUUGGCACUAAUAAGAUAAGUGAAAAGAUGCAAGAAGUUCUUGACAAAAUAAAAAGAGAUAUAGUAUUUACUCCAUCUUUAUACAUGGAAUAAGUUUUUGUAAACAAAAAUAAUAAGUUAAUAUAAUAUAAUUUCUAUUGA